AUGGAUCGUUCGCUGCUCAUCAACGUUGCAUCUUUGAUCACCUCUUCGUACGGUCUCAUUCGGUGCACGCACAUCAAACUACCACCAUCAUUGGCACAAGCUGGCCAGAAACAGUUUUUAACGAACAUUUCUUUGGCUGCUACCAUUUCUCAUAAUGUGGUGACCAUAGUCUCACACGUAGCCAAACGUAUUAAAAAGCACCGUUCUCAAAAGAAGCGUCAGGAGAAGGCAUACGCUAGAGCCAUAGCUUCUGCAGAGGAAUUGAGAGACCUUAAGCUAGAACCGAAUGAGAAGAGAUUGCAGCAACAGGAUGACUCCCCUGAUUCUGAUGGAUGUGCACUUUCUCUAUUGACAUUGAUCAACAGGCAUGUGACGCUUCCUCUGGCACUGGUUUUAGAAUCUGUUGUAGCCACAGUUUAUUGGCCCCUUCGUCUGUUUGCCAUCGGUUUAAUUCUCCAAGGAGCUAAGAGGAAAUCACCAGUUCCACUUCACAUCGAUGUUUCCAUCCAUCUAUUACCAAUUCUUUACAUGUUGAGCGACUACUAUUUCACAGAUGCAUCUGAACGUUUCAAAAUCGGAUUAGCUCAAUCCUGGGGGAUCAUUUCCGCUGUCGGUUUGGCUUACAAAUCCUACUUGAGCGCAUUGAUAGAUACAUCUACCGGUCAAAAGUAUCCUUAUCCUUUCCUAGACGUCCCUGAACCAUACAAAUCUGUUAUAUUUGUGGUGGUUACUUCGUUUGGUUGGCUAUUCUAUGUUGCUUACAGAGCCCUACCACCUAGGGACAAAGUGAGUAAGAAAGAAAGGUCCAAGAUGGAUUAG